UAAGAAACAAAAUUAAAGACGGGAAAGCUAUCUAAGUUAUACAGCGAAAAAAGAUAGAUAAAUCAUCAUUUUAAGUGAAUAAAGAUACUUUAAACAUGGACACAGAAAUAAAGUUAGAAUCAGAGUCACCCAAAAGAUUUACUAGCGUUCUUGAACGGAGAAGGAUCAAGAGAAAAGAAGAAGACGAGGCGAAUAUUGAAUGGAGUCGAUCAGAGAUGCCAGAUAAAUCUGCGAUAGAAAGUCGGAUGGACAACAUCAUUGAGAAUUUAAAAAAGCAGUUUCAGGAAGAAAAGUUUGCUAGAAGACAAGCCCCCAAGGUUAGCAGUUCCUAUAAAGUUUUUUGUAAUAGCGUUGACGCUUUCCUUCGUCAUCUAGAAAACCCAAAAGUCAAAUACACAGAAUCUAACAGAGAGUUACCUGGAAAUGCUGUGAAACCAGACAAAAUAACAAGCACUAAACAAAUGUCAGUGGACACACCAGCUCAAACCAGUCCAGUUCAUGAAGAAAGUCUUGAUGAUAAUGAUGACGAUGAUGCUGAUGAUGAUGAUGGUAAUGAUGGUCAACAAGCGCAACACAAAGAAUGUGAAAAUUUAAUUUCACAUAUGCAAAAUAAUGUUAUUUUGCCCGAUUCAAAAGACAUCCAUUGCAGCGAAGCCUCUUCCUUAAAAACGCCUCACUUCUUUGGUGAGCCAACAGUCAAGAAAUUGGUAACACAAACAAAAGCAGACGACAUGAAGCCCAUGCCAAGUUUAUUCCAAAAGAGACAUACGAGCAAUGCUUAUUUCUUUUCUUUGAAACAAAAGAAGUUGAUCAAUGGCUGUUUGCUACCAUCUUUACUUGCGCCCUCUUCAUUUAUUGGUUUAAACAGAAAGCAAAUGUACAGGGAGUUCUAUGAAGUGAAAUUCAAACCGGCAGAACUGUCUAUUCUCAUAAGCAAUUCAAAAUAUAAAGUUGGCAAUCACAAUGAUAAAUGUGAGCAUCUUCCUGUUAAUAAGUGUCAUGAAACUGCACAAAGGUCCAUUAUCGCUGAUGAUUUGAUUUGUAAUAAACAACUACAAAUAGAGAAAAAGAAUGAACCAAUAACCCUAGACAUUCAAAAACCAAAGGUUACUGACUUUAAAAGAAUAUUCAGUCUUGCCUUGCGUUACAAUAGAGUUCCGUGCACAAGAACACUGUCUAUAUUUGGUUUAUAUUUUACUCCUAUAUUCUAUUUUGGAAGAGAAGCUGUAAUGCCAUAUGUAUCUCAAUCUCCAGCAAACUUUACAGAUGAACACAAACCUAAAGGUUGCUACAACAUAAGCACGCUGCUACCACUGGCAACUACGACUUCAUUGAAAAAUAUUUUUUUAACAACGGAAAACGUCUUCUUUGAUAAUGUGGUGAUCACAUCAUUGCAUUUGAACACCGAGUAUCCUGCCGUAAAAGAUUUGGACAGUCACAAAUUGAAGUCAGCCAAACAUGAUGAUACAUCGGGAAAAGUCUUCUUUGAUAAUUUUGAGACAAUGGAGAAGAACGACAGUAAACAAGUUGAGGUUCAACCUGAAGAACUUGAAGUAAUCAUUGAUGACGAUUUGAUGAAUCGCCAUUUGGAAUACUGUCUGUCUAUUGCAGAAGUGGAAUUCAUUCAAGGUAACUACUAA